UUAUGUGGAGCACUUGGUCGGCUUCACAGUUUGCAAAAGGAGUAGCCAUUAUGCCACCGUUGCUUUGGCUAUUGGCUGGACUUCUAUCUAACGUUGAGGGCGCCGCCCUGGAGCUAAGACGACCGGGAAACUCGAAAUGUGCAAACGCGGCGUGCGAGGAUGACGAGCCGGGAACAUUUAACUGCGGUUCCCGCCAACUCGACUGCAUUCCCAACAGCCACACGGACGUCAGGGUGCUGGACCUCCACAACAACCUGCUGACCAAUCUGAUUGAGAGGUCCUUCAGUCACUACAGGCACCUAGAGAACUUGGACCUUAGCAUGAACGAGAUCAGCACCAUAGCACCUGGCGCCUUCACAGGCUUAACCAACCUAACCAGCCUGAUUCUCAAGUUAAAUAAAAUCCAGGCGUUGACCAGCGGCGCCUUCACAGGCGCCCAGCGCCUGCGCGACCUAGACAUCUCCCUGAACAACAUCACGGUGAUCCAGCCUGGCACCUUCACAGGUCUCACGAGCCUCAGGAAGCUCCUUCUACAGGAGAACGACAUUCAUUUCAUCGACAGAGGCGCGCUGUUUGGGCUGAAGAACCUAAACCUCCUUGCCCUGCAGAGCAACAAACUCCAAUACAUCCAUCCCAGAAGCUUUGACGGGAUGACACAGCUGCGGAUCUUACAACUGAGCGACAACCAGCUGACAUCCCUUCCAGACCUAAGCUUCCUCCUCUCCACACUCCAAGACAUAUGGAUAUUAGGGAAUCCCAUCAACUGCGACUGUAGGAUCGAGUUCCUCCGGAAGGGAAUUGUUGACGAGAGGGGAUCCAUCAGCCUUCAUAUCAGCCACCCGAUUCUCUGCGCUAAACCUCCUUCACUGCUUGGCAUAGACCUCCGAUUUCUCAAGAUCCCUCUCGAGUGCAAGAAGCCGAUAAUAACCAAGAUUCAGCGUUCCGUUCAGGCAGUCUGGGGACAGAACGCGAUUCUACCUUGCAACGCCACCGGCAUCCCCGAACCAAUCGUGACCUGGAUGACCCCCCACGGAGGCCACGUGACCAAUCAGAGGAGCGACCGAGUCGCUCAGCUCACUGACGGUUCCCUCAGGAUCUCCGAGGCUCGCGAAGAGGACAGCGGGAAUUACACCUGUCACGCCGAGAACCAGAAGGGCAGUGACCUGGCUCAAUUCUCGCUCGUCGUGUCUAAGCCCGAGGGCCACUCCCUCGGGGAUACCGAGUCACUGACAACGGAAAUGACUGGGAUACCGUGCAGCGAAGCUGGGGCCACCAGGUGCAGACCGGACCACGAUCAGUCUCUCAUCUGCGACUCCACGGCGGGGAUCAUUGCAACCGCCUUGGUGACCUUCUCUACGACUCUCUCCACUGCGUUGAUCUUCUUCUACAUCUGGUACAGGAGGCAGAUAGAGAAGGUUCGUCCAAGGGUUCCCAAGAGGCAAGACAAGCAUAGAGGUUACGCAGACGGAGAGGAAGCAUGUCUUGAGAUCGAGGAGGCGCAGGUUGAACCUCUUAGCCUCCAGCGAGUGAUGGAUGCGAUUUCUGCACCCAAGUACCUGUAUGCCAAACCGGCACGCCGCCCCGCCUUCACGAACACCUCGCUACGAAUGAACAAAGUGGAGGACUCCGCGCCCAAACACGGCAGGUACAUAGCGCUCAGUCACCUCCGAGGCGGGAAGAACUCUAACGGGAGUCGGGAGAAACUGAACGAAACCCAGGACUACCUGCCGCUGACCACGUGCAGUAGUAGCAGCUGCAGCGGCAGUACUGACAACAGCAGAGACAGCUGUGAAUCCACAGACUCGCAUUUGUACGAGAACGCGGUGCUCAUGAUCCGCGAUCCGAACUACACCGCGUUAGAUCCAGCGACACGGUGCGGGAUCCCCAGCGGCAAGCCUACGGAGUAUGUGGCGUUCUGAGGGGGGAAAAUCGUUGCGGAUUCCGCAAGCCUAUAUGGAAUAUGUAACUUUCUGAAGAACGUUUCGGUACGGAGUCAGCAAGCCUACGGAAUGCGCAGUGUUCAGGCGUUUCUAAGAAACGUUCUGACAAAAUGUGUCGAUGAGUACGCAAUACUUCAGAGUAAUUGCGUUCUUAGGAACGCAUCAACGCGCAAGGGUGAACAUAA